AUGGAGGAUUAGAAAGAUAUCAACAAGUAUGAUGAUGGAGGCUCUCUUGAUGAUUACAAUGACAGUAGAGAAGGUGGAGAUGAGGAAGAUGAUUUUGAAGACGACGAAGAUGAUGAUCAAGAGAUAUUGAACGAAGAGGAGCAGAUGUUUCUAUAGUAAUAGAUUGAGAAUGAGUUCAUGCAACCAGGAGGGGAGGAUGACAGUGAUGAUGGACUUGUUCUUGCAGGAGAAGGUACUGCUGGAAUUCCUCCAUUUAACUAGAUGAAUAUUGCAGAUCCUAACUUGGAUAUCAAUUUCCAAAAGUUGAAUAGUAUAAAGCAGUUUUCAGGUUGGAUUUAAUGGUUUAUCUCACUUCAAGAUCAUGAUUUCUUGUUGGAAAUCGAUCGUGACUUUAUCACUGAUAAGAUGAAUUUACUUAAAAUAAGAGAUCACUUUCCAAUCAAAGAUAGAUACAAGGAAUGUAUGAGACUACUGCUCUCAGCAAAGGUUCCUAACGAGGAAGACCUAUAAAAUUAGAAAUUCUUAGAAUUGAAUCAGGACACCUCUGAUCUAUACUGCAUAAUUCAUAAUCGCUAUGUUCAGUCACCAAUAGGCCUCGCCAAAAUAUAUAGUAGGUAUUUGUAGAGUGGUUAUGGAACAUGCCCCCGAGCUCUAUGCGAUAGACAAAAAGUUCUUCCUCUAGGAUUAAGUGAUAAGCUUAGAACAUCGCGAGUCAAAGUAUAUUGUCCAUGCUGUGAAGAGUGCUUUUUGCCAAAGUAUCAAAACAUUAAUCUAGAUGGCUUCUUCUUUGGAAGUGCUCUUCCACAUAUAUUCAUGAAGUCUUAUCCUUAAGCCAUUAUACUUCCUCCUAAAGUCUAUUAUUAUUAACCUAAAAUUUUUGGGUUCAAGGUAUUUGGCAAAAGAGGCUCAAAGUAUUAUAAGCCUGCUACUGGAGCAAUUAAGUAUAUUGAGGAUCAAGAAAGUAUUGAUUAGCUAGUUACAUCAUUCAAAGAGGAAUUCUAAAAAUAAAGGCAGCAGCAAUUAAGGUUGAAUCUUAACAGCAAAGAAGAAUCAAAGCACAUUGAAAGCGGAAAAGCCUAGCAAAGCAGUCGUGGUAAAAAGAAAAGUAAAAAGUAGCAGUAAAACUAAUGA